CAGGUUUUGCGGUUCCCCCCUGAACGCAUCACAUCUGCUGACUUCCAAGCUGAGUCAUAGAUCAUUUCUGGUCAUAUAAUCAUGAAGAAAAUAUCUAAUGAGAUGAACGCUGAAGCUUUUUUUCCCCCUGCCGGCACACUUACAAUGCAAUAAAUUGUACACUUUUUUUUCUUCUUUCCCUCCCGACGGCUGACUUGUAAGCAUCUGCGGAAUUACGGCUAUGAUAUCAAACAACCAAGCGCGCAACAGGCUUUAAAGCGGACAACAACGCGGACUAGAUUAGCAAAGGUGAUCUGUAUGUCACCUCUGAUAAUGACCGUCUAAAGAAGCGAGACGACAUGGGCUUCCUCUUAAGCUUGCUUCUCCAAGACGCCCACCUCUGGGAGGGAAAGGGAGAAGGAGGAGGAUGAAGAGGAGGAGGGAGUGAUGGCGAGCAGGAGAAAUUGAAUGAGAAGCCUCUGAGAGGAUCUUGAGGGGAGCUACCACAACAAAACAACUUCUCCAACAGUCCAGCCAGUGGAAGCAACCAAGCUGGCUUUUAUUUUAGUUUUUAAAAACUUUUUCUACACAUGCAUGGCUGCUUAGUAGGUGAAACUUGUGGAACUUUUUGCAGCGACAAGUUUUGGAGGAAGAGGGGGGUUGGGGGGCUGCCCCUCAAGAUUUGGGAAGAUGGGUCACUUUUUAAGGAAUGGGACAGCACGGCUAUUGGCUUUUAUUCUACUGCACUUCAGCGCCACUCAAGCUGGUCAUCCCAUCGAUGUUCUUCAGGUGCUGGGCCUGUCAGAGAGCAUGGAAGGUGUGUCGGUGCACACUGGUCUCUGCGGCAGCCAUAAAGAGGUAGCGGGAACACGACCGGCUUUCAAAAUAGACCGGAAAGUCCAGCUUAGUGCUCCGACCAAACAAAUUUUCCCAGAGUCCACAUUCCCUGUAAAUUUCUCCCUGUUGGCCACCGUGCGAGCCAGAAAGGGAUCGCAAUCAUUUCUACUGUCCGUGUAUGACGAACAUGGGGUGCAGCAGCUGGGGCUCGAAGUGGGCCCUUCGCCCGUCUUCCUGUAUCAGGGCCGGGCAGCCGGGCAGCCCACAACAUAUCCCACGUUCAAGGACGUCAACCUGGCCGAUGGAGAGUGGCACAGGAUAGCCUACAGCGUACAGGGCCAGUCCGUCACGCUCUUUUUGGACUGUCACACGGUCGAGACGCUUCCGCUAACACGACGAGACGACAGAGACGUCAGCACGGAGGGCAUUGUUGUCUUCGGAUCACGACUACUGGAUGAAGGAGUAUUUCAGGGAGAAAUUCAACAACUGCUGAUUGACGAAGACCCACAGGCCGCUGCCGCCUACUGUAUCAACUACAUGGUAGACUGCGACUCCGCUUUGCACCAGAGCACCCACGCCCUGGACCUUCAGGGGAAGUCCCAACUGGACCUGACGGAAGAACAGCAAGCCAAAGAGGGCAGGAAGGGCAAAAAGAACAAAAAGAAGAGGGACAAGGGCUCGAAAGGUAAAGGCAAACGUAAAGGCAGGGGGAAGGGCAAAGGCAAGGGGAAGGGCAAGAAGAAGGGAUCUCGGAAGAAAAAACUCGAGGAGGAAACUUUGGACGACGGCUUCAUUAGCGUGUCUACGAUGCCGCCCGAGUAUCUCUCCCAAGAGCCUUUUUUGGACAUAAAACGCACUGAAGAAACAGUCGGUCCCACUAAAAGCUACGAGGACGUGCCCCUUGUGGAGACGCCUUCGUAUGAACCAUCAACACAAGCCCCUUCACCAGGCGGCAUAGCCGAAGUUCACGUUGAGGAGCCGGAGCCGGCGAAGAGCCCAGAGUUGGGCAAUGGCGAUGACCUUUACGACAACCUCAUUGAUGACCUUGCCGUUUCCAUCGUAAGAGCGGGCACGAAUAUUACACAAUCAGAGGUCCUCGAACACGACGACUACAAUGACACCAAGUCCGAGUAUGAGGAGUAUGAAAUCUACGACGAAGGCUACGAUUUUGCACUGCGAGAAGGAGCCGAGACAUGGCAUGGAACGGGAAGACUACCGACUGAGAAAGGAGAGAAGGGCGAACCCGGGGUAUUUGAGCCGGGGGCGCUAGUGGAAGGACCGGCAGGCCUGCCAGGACCAGAGGGACUUCCUGGUUCAGCUGGACCAAUUGGCCCCGCAGGACCCAGAGGAGACCCUGGGGAAAUGGGUCCUGCAGGACGUCCCGGCCUUCCCGGGGUUGACGGAAUUCCAGGUCCACCAGGAACCAUGCUGAUGCUACCUUUCCAGUAUAGAUUUGAUUCCCAAAAGGGACCGGCGAUGUCCCCCCAGGAGGCCCAAGCGCAAGCUAUUAUUCAACAGGCUCAGCUGUCUAUGAAUGGACCUCCAGGUCCGAGGGGUCUUACAGGGCGACCAGGCCCUCUGGGUGCUCCAGGACCAGCUGGCCACAAAGGAAACAUUGGCGACCCGGGCCCUCCGGGACUGCAAGGAUUGCCAGGACUUCAAGGAAGCAACGGAAAACCAGGAAAAAGGGGAUACGCUGGAACAGAUGGAGGACGUGGAGCUCCAGGUGAAACUGGUGUGAAGGGUGAUCGAGGUUUUGAUGGCCUACCAGGACUCCCAGGAAACCAGGGACACAAAGGGGACAGAGGAAAGCCUGGUCCUCAGGGACCUGCCGGAGAGCCAGGAGAAAAGGGGCCAGUUGGACCCGUUGGCCCGAGAGGGCAACCUGGUGAACCUGGUGCGCGGGGUCUUGUUGGGCCGAGAGGGCCACCGGGACCACCUGGCCAACAGGGUGUCCAAGGAACAGACGGGCCCCAGGGGUCAAAGGGAAACCAGGGUCCGCACGGAGAAAUAGGACCUGCGGGGCAACAAGGAAAUCCUGGACCACAGGGAUUGCCCGGCCCCCAGGGUCCCAUCGGGUUGCCGGGAGAGAAGGGUCCGCAGGGGAAACAAGGCAUGCAAGGACUACCGGGCAUUGAUGGACAACCUGGUCACCCAGGAAGAGAAGGACCCCAAGGAGAGAAAGGCACCCAAGGAAUGCCAGGAGUCCAGGGGCCGAUCGGGUACCCGGGGACCCGCGGCGUCAAGGGAGCAGAUGGCAUCAGAGGCCUAAAGGGUUGCAAAGGAGAGAAGGGAGAGGAUGGCUUCCCUGGCUUCAAAGGUGACAUGGGCCUCAAGGGAGACAGUGGAGACAGUGGGCCUCCAGGUCCUCGUGGAGAGGACGGAACAGAAGGCCUAAAGGGCCAACACGGAGCCAUGGGGGAUUUAGGACCUCCUGGGAUCGCUGGAGAGAAGGGUCAACUCGGAGUGCCAGGACUGCCUGGAUACCCAGGACGUCAAGGGUCAAAGGGAUCCAUUGGCUUUCUUGGGGCAGGAGGACCCCCAGGAGAGAAAGGACGAAGGGGUCCAGCUGGCCAACCUGGAUCCGGAGGUGAAAGAGGUCCUAACGGAGCCCGAGGAGGAAGAGGAGCAAGAGGUCCCACGGGGAAGCCUGGAGAAAAGGGUUCGUCCGGACAAGAUGGCCCUCAAGGAUCCCCUGGAGAACAGGGUCCUCAAGGCCCACAAGGAAUGCAUGGUGCAACAGGACCAAAAGGACCAAGUGGUCCACCUGGAAAAGAUGGAGUUCCCGGUCAUCCUGGCCAGAGAGGGGAACCAGGAUUCCAAGGCAAAAAUGGUCCCCCUGGUCCCCCGGGUGUUGUCGGACCACAGGGUAAGACCGGUGAAACGGGGCCAAAUGGUGACAGGGGCCAUCCAGGCCCACCAGGCCCACCGGGCGAGCAAGGAUUACCUGGAUCGGCGGGAAAGGAGGGAGCCAAGGGGGACCUGGGCCCACCGGGAGCACCGGGAAAGAGUGGCCCUGUAGGGAUCCAGGGAUUUAGGGGAAGCAGAGGCCUCCCUGGUGCACCGGGUCCUGCAGGCUUAAAAGGAGGAGAGGGUGUACCUGGAAUUGCGGGACUCAUUGGUGCCACCGGAGAGCGGGGUCCUGCAGGGUCAGCGGGUGGGAUUGGGCUGCCAGGACGGCAAGGCAGUCUGGGCCCCGCGGGGCCAAUAGGAGAGAAAGGCGAACCAGGAGACAAAGGAUCCACCGGGCCAGCUGGGCACGAUGGGACACAAGGACCCGUUGGACUUCCAGGACCCGUGGGACAACAUGGGCCUCCAGGAGAGGACGGAGACAAGGGUGAGACAGGAGGACCCGGCCAGAAGGGAAGCAAGGGAGACAAAGGAGAAGCAGGACCCCCAGGACCUAUUGGCAUUCAAGGACCCGUGGGCCAGCCAGGAAUGACUGGGGCAGAUGGCGAGCCGGGGCCUCGUGGGCAGCAGGGAAUGAAUGGAGCCAAAGGAGACGAAGGACUGAGAGGCUUUAAGGGAGCAACGGGUCCCACGGGCCUACAGGGAAUGCCAGGACUGGCGGGGGAGAAAGGGGAAAGUGGACAUGUGGGCUCUCUGGGGCCCCCAGGACAGCACGGACCCCGAGGCUCCCAGGGGCUAAUUGGUGCUGAGGGCACAGCUGGAAUGCCAGGCGGAGUUGGUCAACCUGGACCGACUGGGGAGAAGGGUGAGGACGGCGAGGCCGGUAAUCCAGGACUAGUUGGAAAGCCUGGCCCCGCUGGCAUUAAAGGAGACAUAGGGGAGAAGGGCGAUGCUGGAGCAUCUGGUGCGGCAGGUCCUCCAGGAAUUAGAGGACCACCGGGAGAGGAUGGACCCAAGGGCAAUAUUGGCCCUGUUGGAUUCCCAGGAGAUACGGGACCACCUGGAGAAACUGGUGUCACUGGACAAGAUGGUGGACCUGGGCCUAAAGGUGAUGACGGAGAAACAGGCAAAGCGGGAGCCCCAGGAGCCUCUGGAGAGCCAGGUCCUCCAGGACCUCCGGGACGGAGGGGUCACAUGGGCGCCGCAGGACUUGAAGGCAAGCAAGGAAUGAAAGGGGCCAAGGGAACAACAGGUAGCCAGGGCCCAGUGGGUAAGACGGGCCCUGUGGGGGCGCAAGGUCAUUCAGGGAGGUCUGGCCCAGAUGGACUUCACGGCAUCCCAGGCCCCGCGGGUGAGCAAGGGUUAACUGGUCCACAGGGACAAACCGGACCACCUGGGCCAAUGGGACCACCAGGGCUUCAAGGAUUGAAGGGGGACCCUGGAAUAGAUGGAGAAAAAGGUCAUGGUGGGCUACUUGGGCUCGUAGGCCCUCCUGGAGAACCUGGUGAGAAGGGGGACCGAGGCCUGCCUGGUAUUGAUGGAACACACGGGCCUAAAGGAGAUGAGGGCGUGACUGGCCCACCUGGUCCCACCGGACCACCAGGACCACCUGGUCUGUCAGGUGCUGGUGGAGAAAAAGGUUCCAAGGGCAACAUGGGUGCCAUUGGUCCCAGAGGUGAUCCAGGCCCUAUUGGCUUUCCAGGACCCCCAGGACCCGCUGCUACAGUGGUGCAACCGUUGCCGAUCCGGGACGGCAGGAAGAAGAAAAGACGAAACUCGUCGAGAGAGGAGGAGGCGCUUAUCAAUAUGGAAGACUACCUGCAAGCAGACCAGCCUUUGGGAGGAGAGGAUGGAAUGGAAGAAGUCUUUGCAACCCUUUCAUCCAUGAAAACCGAGGUGGAGCUGAUGAGGAGGCCCCUGGGGACCUUUGAGAGCCCGGCACGCACCUGCAAGGAGCUCAUGAUGGUUCAACCGGAUUUCAAAGAUGGAGACUACUGGAUUGAUCCUAACCAAGGAUGCAACCGUGAUGCCUUCAAGGUCUACUGCAACUUCACAGCUGGCGGAGAUACCUGCCUAGACCCCGACGAGAAGAUUGAAAUGGUGAAAUUAGCGGGGUGGAGCAAAGAGAAACCAGGAGGAUGGUACAGUCAAUACAGAAGAGGCAGGAAGUUCUCCUACAUCGACAUGGACGGCAACACCGUGCAAGUGGUCCAGCUGACCUUCCUCAAACUACUGAGCGCCACGGCCAAGCAGCGCUUCACAUAUAUGUGCCAGAACUCAGCAGGGUGGUAUGACAGCACGUCGCACUCCUACCGCCACGCUCUGCGCUUCCGGGCCGGCAAUGACGAAGAGCUGACGCAGGCCACAAGCUCCUUCAUCUACGCCGUGUACGACGGAUGCCAGGUACGUAAAGGUCAGGAAAGAACCAUUCUGCAGAUGGACUCCCCUUCAGCUGAGCUGCUGCCUAUUAUGGAUGUGUCCGCAACAGACUUUGGCAACAGCAACCAAAAGUUUGGAUUCCAAGUUGGACGUGUAUGCUUCGCUAGCUGAACAGAACAACCACCACCAAUAGGAUUUUUUUUUCCUCAAGAAGACAACUGAACACUGCAAAACCAAAGGAAAGGCAGUUUUACCACUGCCCCCAGCAAUAUUUAUUGUUAUAUUAUGUUGUAUAUUAUUUAAGACUUUCUUCAGAGCUCACGUUGGGAAUUCCUUUGGCUUUACAACAAAGAAGAAGACAUUCAUCAGUUGCAACAAAGCACCAAAGGGAAAAUAAGAUGUGUUUAUAUGUUAGAUUGUGUUGUUUUUUUGUUUGUUUUGUUUUUUCUUCGCUCGGCUUCCACUCCAAAUGGUCCUGCGCAAGGAUGAAGUUAUGAGCUACGUAAUGUUGUCAAAGACCGGCACUGAGCCAUUUCCGAGAUACAUUCAUUUGCAUGCCACCGGGUUACAAUACCGACAAUUGCAUCGUUGCGUCAAACUAUCUGAGCAUAUUCAUUCUACACGAGUACUAUUCUUCAUUUUCUCUUUGCGGGAGUGAUGAAUCGUUCCGUUUCCCCGUCAAGCGCAGUUUGCUAAACGUGAUUAGCAUUUAGUAGGUAGACGUGGGCUCAACAUAAAACAGACACCAAUCUGUGUUUCCACAUGUACUGUAAAUGUCUCCUCACUGUGAAGACAUUCCAGGGCAACAAAUAAGAGCAGGCCAAUUAAAAAAAAAACGGGGCAUCUCCGCCAUGCUCCUUUACACCAAGCGACAUGUCAUGCAACUCCUGUCACUUUCGAGCCUCACUCGCAGGCAUUUGUUUCGCCGUUUUAUUUAUAUGUUGAAAUAUGAACGUGUUAUUUGCUCUUUGCCGGUGCUGUUUUUUUAUUAUUAUUUUUGCCUCUGUGGGCUGGAUUACAGAAUGAAUUGGGGGGGGGGAGGGUGCGCCUUCAGCAGAAAGAAUCACCCUCUGAGGCAGGCCGGGGACGACUGCUGAAGGAGAAGGGGUUGCAUAUCUUCUGGCUGAUUGUGCCAAUUUCACAGGGCCGGCGGAGGUCGCUGGGGACAUCUCAGUUCAGUGUGUUGUUUGCAGCUUGAAAAGGAAACUCCACUCUUGCAUUGAAGUUGUCUUGUACUAUUUGAUAAGUAUGAAAACCGAGCUGAGGCGACACUAAAAGCAGGGCCCGACUGAUCAAUGGUUUGGCCGAUUUAAUCAGGUGAUAUUCGCGACAGUAUUUUUGCAGAUUACAAAAAAAAAAAUCCCAUUACAACAUACAACAUAGAUAAUCACAUUCAAAUGUCUCCCCCCCACCCCCAAAAAAAAUACUGAAGGUUAAGUUAAUACUACAUUGUCAAAUUACUGUUUUUCAUGCUUUUAUAGUUGUAAGCAUUACGAGACCAAAAACAAAGUUGUCGGAAUCGGCAGCAAUCUGGAAAAAAAAUCAAUUUCGGUCGGGCCCAAAUUAAGUGUGCCUACACUGAAAAAAUUGUUUUUGUUUAAUUUCCUCAAUUGUAUUUCGUUCAUUGGUUGCAUGAUAUAAACCCAUCCGGAUCCAGAUACGUUUAGUUUUUUUUCUGUCGAAUAUACAGAAAAUUGAGCACAGUGGGGUUUUUUUCACUGUAUGCAUCUCAGUUCAGUGUUACAUCAGGUGAGCAAUACAUAUUAAUGUCUUCAAAUGAACAAAUGGUGCUAUAUCAUGUUUUGGGACGUCAAAUUGUGCAUUCAGCCUGGCUGAUUGGAAAUAUACAGUACGUGUCCUAUGGUCCUACUCUGUUACACCUCCUCUGUAUUUUUUUUUAGGGUGAUUUUCCAUACUGUACAAUUAUUCAUCAGAUUUUGCAAUGUUAUUUUGAAGCGAACAUAAAUGUAUUUGUCAGACAAACCAAAAUAAAUAAUGCCGUGAAUAAAGGCGGAGGGGAAAA